AUGAGUUCAAGUAUCACGGCAGCACGUGAAGGAGGAUGUGAGACAGCAGUGAAAGACCGUGUGAAGGCAGCGUUGGCCAAGUGGCGAAAGGUUUCUGCCGUGAUGUGCGACAAAAAGUUACCAGCCAAGCUGAAGUCGAAAAUGUACAAAACUGUGAUAAGACCUGUGUUAUUGUACGGAGCAGAAACUUGGGCCUUAAGAAAGAAAGAAGAGAGCCUGCUGCAGAGAACGGAAAUGAGAAUGCUAAGGUGGAUGUUAGGAAUCUGUCUAAGAGUGCAGAGAAAAAACGAAGAGGUGUUAGCUGAAGCAGGAGUCACAAGCAUUAGUAGCAAGAUCGAAGAGGCAAGACUCACAUGGUUCGGCCAUGUGAAGAGAAGGUUGGAGGAAGAAGGCAGACAAAGAGAGAGGUGGCUGGAUUGUCAGAUGGCCGACAUGAAGAAAAGGAACAUCGAAAAUCAGUGGGCACAAGACUGA